UCACUCUUGGCCAUGUGAUAAUCUGCUCAGAGUUCUCAUGGUCAGAAACCAUGAUAACUUCUACUCGUAGGGCUGCUAGCGCUAGCAACCAAUACACGAAGAGCAGCCUAGCUGUGGACGAGACUCGGUGGAGGCGACGCCAUGGCCGGAAGUGCGGCAGUGUGUGUGACUGGCGCCGGCGGGUACGUCGCCUCGUGGCUCGUGAAGCUCCUCCUCUCCCGUGGCUACACCGUCCACGGCACCGUCCGCGACCUCGGUGACGCGAAGACGGCCCAUCUGAAGACGCUAGAGAAUGCUGCUCAAAACCUCAGGCUUUUCAAGGCUGAUCUCCUGGACUACGACUCGAUGGCGACUGCCAUUUUGGGAUGCCAGGGAGUUUUCCAUGUCGCGACUCCAGUGCCUCCAGAGAAUUUGACUGAUCCAGAGCUAGAGAUGUUGGCUCCUGCUGUUACUGGCACCGCAAAUGUACUCAAGGCUGCCUCUGACGCGAAUGUUCAGCGAGUGGUUGUUGUGUCAUCCAUGGUAGCCGUCGAGAUCAACCCGAAAGAUUGGCCUGAAGGUAAGAUCAGAGAUGAGAACUGCUGGUCCGACAGAGAAUUCUGCAGGAACAAUGAGAGCUGGUAUCCGGUCGCCAAGAUCAUAUCAGAAGAGGCGGCGCUUGAAUACGGGCGGCAAACCGGACUCGAUGUGGUGACUGUCAAUCCAGGGUUGGUGUUUGGUCCCCUGCUGCAGCCUACGGUUAACGCAAGCAGCCAGUUCCUCAUCUACUUUUUGAAAGGAGGCCCUGACCCGGUGAGGAACAAGCUCUGGCACAUCGUCGACGUCCGCGACGUCGCCGACGCGCUGCUCCUGGUUUACGAGGUGCCCCAACCCUCCGGCAGGCACAUCUGCGCGCCUCAUGCCAUCAGCGCUCGCGACCUGCUGGACUUGCUGAUGAGCAAGUACCCUGGCUACCCUUUCGUUAGCAAGGAGAACAUAUGUGACAUGGAUCACCCAGCUCCGAUGACGUCUGAGAAGUUAAAGAAGCUCGGGUGGAGCUGCCGUCCGCUGGAGGAGACGAUCGCGGACACGGUCGAGUUCUUCCAGCAGGCUGGGUUUCUUGAGGAUGUGGAUGGGGCGGCUCCCUGCCGUUUCCCUCCUCUUUUCAACAAAAUCUAGUCGCCGCAACAGCAUGGAUUUAGGGGACAUCCAGCUGAGUGUGCAAUUGUGUGUGUCUUCCGUUUCUCCUAUUUACAUGUACCAACUUAUAUUUGAACUUUGUUGUUGUAAUCUGGUGAUGUUACUAUGUAUGUACUGACGUUGGACGGUGUCCCCGCCCGGGUCAGUUGAAUAAGUUGUGAGGCUUUGUAUGUUUUCUUUCUAUAACGAGAAAAAAAUGCAUAAACCCCGUAACAGUCAGUUCUAGUUGCAAAUAUCCGCUACAAGUUAAAGAGUUUAUGUUUGGCACCGGACA